GACAAACGUCACUAUGCUGUAGCUUUUAUGAACAUACAAAAGAAUGUGGUAAUUCUUCAAAAUGGUCGCUUUGUAUGGUUUGCCAACUUGCAUGUCUGUGUUUCAGAGUUCUUUGUUUUCGUAAUUCUUUCGAUAUUAUUUUAUACAAGGCAAAGUUUAUGCAAAUUUGCAGUUGUUAAGUUUGGAAAUGAACACUGACAUUGUUAUCAUAAAUUGUGGUGCCCAAGAAAGAUGUCAUCGGUAAUGUGAGAGCUCUCCGAUAGAAUUUUAUUUUACGAGAUUAUGACGUUUGUGAUUCCAAAUCUGAUUUGCAGAAAGUGAAAAAUUUCCUGUGUAAAACUAAAGUUGUUCCAGCAUUGGAUAUUCAUAUUAUGUUAACACAAGCCAGAAAUUGAGAAACAAAAACAAACUUGAAACCAUCUGGGCUAGAAGUUCCUGGACAAUAUUUGAGUGUAUAAUAAAUGCUAUCGUGACUAGUGACUAUGAGUGUGCUCAGAAGGUGGUGUGUACUUGUGUGAUGGGAGGGGUGGGGUGAGAGGUGAGGCGCACGGGCGCGGGCGCGGGCGCCAUGAACCCGCCGGCGCCCCGCCAGGCGGCCGCUCGCUCCGGCUAUCAUCAAAAGGCACUAGCCCAGAUUCGCAACUCACUACUACCAUUUGCUAACAAUGGCAACUCUGAGCCACCUGGCUCGUCAGCAGCAAGCACUGUUAGUUCAGGUGUUAGCUCUGGCUUCAGCUCAUCAUCAGGGAAUGGUCUUGAUAAGGAUUUGACUGCAUUACCACAAACCUUAAACCAAUUAAUUGCUUUGGGAUUUGAUGAGGAUCCUGCUGUAAGGGCAUUGAAAUAUGCUGGAGGGCGAUUUGAUGCAGCAUUAGAUUACCUGUCAAAACAACAGGAAUCUCAUAAUGGAGUCCUUAAGACAAGUAACUUAAAUGCCUUAAACUCCAAACUUAUACGAAAACCUAGUCUAGAGCGUGAAAUUAACCUCCAUAGAGGUAGUCCUGCACUUGAUUCAGGCGCAGGGAGCUCUCGGUCUGACAGUCCUAGACAGUCGGAUGCACCUCCACUGCCUCAUGAGAAAUUAAGUAGGCAAUACUCGCCAUCCGGUUUCUCUGAGCCGCCGCCACCGCCUCCUCCGCGAUGUCCGUCCACGCCGCCAGUAAUGCCAUCCGUGCAGCAGCUCAUGAAGCGCAUGUCACCAGCGCCACCAUUGCCACCCGCACGGGGGACCAGCCCCGUGGCAGCUGGCGCACCCACGCCGCCUGCCCGUCAGCCAAUGAUAGUGCAAAAUGGCCCACAAGUCCAACAGCAGCUAACGCAGCAGAUACAGGCCCUGAGUAUUUAUCAAUCGUCAGGUGGUGGUGCAGAACUGCCCCCGCCAUAUCCGCUGUCGGGCGUACCACCUCCUCCUUCGUAUUCGGUGUCAAUGCAGAAUCGUCAAAGUCCCACACAGUCACAGGACUAUCGGAAGAGUCCAUCGUCGGGAAUAUACUCGGGAGGCACCUCCGCCGGGUCGCCGAGUCCGAUUACGGUGACGCAAUCGACAGGCUCGGCGUCGGGGAUGACUCGACCUACGCCUAUUCAGGCGUGGACUGCGAGACAAGCGGUGCAACCUCCCAUUAUCAUGCAAUCUGUAAAAAGUACACAAGUUCAGAAACCGGUACUGCAGACUGCGAUAGCGCCUGUUGCACCUCCUCCUGUCGCGAGCUCGGUCGCGCAGCCACCUCCACCCUCGUACGCUAGUUCUAUUCAACAAAAGCAACAGGCGCAAACACCGCCAAGCUACCCGUUGGCCCCGAAGCCAUCCUCGCCCGGGUCCACGCCCCCAGUCAUACCGACAGCAACAACUCCCACCGUUCCCACUACAGAACCACCGAGCUAUGCUAUCACAAUGCAAGCUCUAGCCGUGCAGAGAGGGAUGCACCCUAUUCCACCGCCGCCUUAUGGCAAUCAAAAUGAUAACACAACUACUGUCAAUUCCCACCACUCACCUUUGCAUAAGAAGUUCUCCAAUACAGGUGAAGCCUCCCAGGUAGAAAUUAAAUGUCCAAAUCAAAAUUGCACGAACAAUCUUCUAAAAGAUAGUGUAGCCGCAUCCAGCUCUGAUAAAAGUUCGAACGGUUCAACGGAGCGUCGACCCAAGGGCUUAGAAAAGAUAAGACAUCAAUCGCCUAUUCCAGAAAGGAAAAAUAUUAGUAAAGAAAAAGAAGACGAACGGAGAGAUUGCAAAGUUAGAAAUUAUUCACCUCAAGCUUUUAAAUUCUUCAUGGAACAGCACGUCGAAAACAUUUUAAAGUCGUAUAAGCAACGAACGUUUAGGCGAAUGCAGUUGGAGAAAGAAAUGACUAAAAUAGGUCUCAGUGCAGAAGCACAAUGUCAAAUGAGGAAGAUGUUAUCUCAGAAAGAAUCCAACUACAUUAGAUUAAAGAGAGCAAAGAUGGACAAGUCAAUGUUCACAAAAAUUAAGCCUAUCGGAGUAGGCGCGUUUGGAGAAGUGACGUUAGUAAGAAAGAUUGAUACUAGUCAUCUAUAUGCCAUGAAGACACUUCGCAAAGCUGACGUGCUGAAGCGGAACCAGGUGGCGCACGUUAAAGCUGAGAGGGAUAUAUUAGCGGAGGCCGAUAACGAAUGGGUCGUUAAACUUUAUUACAGCUUCCAAGAUAAAGAUAAUUUGUAUUUUGUGAUGGACUAUAUACCUGGCGGUGAUCUGAUGUCUUUGUUAAUAAAGCUGGGUAUAUUCGAAGAGAGUCUCGCCAGGUUCUAUAUCGCGGAGUUGACGUGCGCGGUGGAAAGUGUCCAUAAGAUGGGCUUUAUCCACAGGGACAUCAAACCCGAUAAUAUUUUAAUAGAUCGCGAUGGCCAUAUUAAGUUGACAGAUUUUGGUUUAUGUACGGGCUUUAGGUGGACGCACAACUCUAAAUACUAUCAGAGAAAUGAUCACGGACGACAAGACUCGAUGGAUCCAGUGGAUGGAGAGUGGGGUGCCAUGGGCGAGUGUAGGUGUCAUCAGCUAAAACCUUUGGAAAGGCGACGCAAGCGCGAGCACCAGCGAUGUCUGGCGCACUCGCUAGUCGGCACGCCCAACUACAUCGCACCCGAAGUACUGCAGCGCACCGGGUACACGCAGCUGUGCGACUGGUGGUCGGUCGGUGUCAUCCUUUACGAAAUGUUAGUCGGAUCACCACCCUUUCUAGCCUCUACGCCUGCCGAAACGCAACUCAAGGUUAUAAACUGGGAAAGUACCCUUCAUAUCCCUGAUGCAGCAAAAUUAUCUCCAGAGAGUAAGGAUCUAAUCCUACAGCUAUGUUCUGGUCAGGAAACGAGGCUCGGCAAAGAUGCAAAUGAGGUAAAGAACCACCCGUUCCUACAUGGCAUCGACUUCGACAAGGGACUGCGGAGGCAAGUGGCACCGUACAUACCUCGGAUCGACUAUGCGACCGAUACUUCCAAUUUCGAUCCAGUGGAUCCGGAUAAGCUCCGCAACUCUGGUAGCUCCGACUCCAACAAAUCGGACAGCGAGCUGCUUGACAACGGUAAGACGUUCCACGGAUUCUUCGAGUUCACGUUCCGGAGGUUCUUCGAUGACGGUUAUACGAACAAAAUAAACCUCGACGACAACGAUAACCAGGGACCCGUGUACGUAUAGAACGAGCGCCGCGACAGUGAUAAGAGACACUGAGACUAACUUGUAGGAUUUUUUUACAAAGUGUGUGCCUUUGACUCUCUCUAUUAAAACAUUAGUUUUGUAAACGUAACGAAUAUAACGUAUUUAAAAUUAAUUAAAAGCCGUAUUGUUAAUAAUCCCGGUGAUAAUGUUGUAAUAUUGUAUCGUUAUGUAUUUGUAAGAGUAAUCUUAUUUCACUGUAAUAUAUGUAACGAAUGGAUCACAGUAGUGCAUAGCCUAACUAUGGUGCUGUUAGCGACCGGCGGCCGCAGCAAAGUGCGGUGCGCGUCGUAAUAUCUAAUGUCCAUUCAGUGUAUACUAUUUUUUGUAACUAGAGAAAUUAUUUAUGAGAUAAGAACAAGCUUACUGGAAUUAGUGAAUGAUUGUCACUAUAUUUUCUUAUGUAUUUAUCGAGGUAGGUCGCUUAUGUGUGUUUGUUUAUAUACGUGUAAAACGUUUACUUAUGAUUCAUUAACGUCAUACAAGCAUAAUUAGUAAAACAUACUGUGCUUCCAUUUUGUCUACAGGACACUAGCUCAUAAUGUGUGCCUUAGAGUUUCGAUAUUAACAUUUUUACAAGUGUAUUGUGAUGGGUCAAUCGAUUGUACACUACAACAUAGUAGAUAAAGUUUUAUAACUCGACAUAUGUACUGAGUGCAAUACAUAUUUAUUUAUGAGACAAAAGUCGAUACUUCAUUUGCUGUUGUUGAAGUUUUACUUCGGUUUAUUUAGUAAAGCACAUUUUGAGUCGAAUUUUUGUGUUAAAAUAUGCAAGAUUUUGUAACUACCAUUAAACUAACAAUAUCCAGUAUAGUCGCAAAGUAAAUAACAUUAAAGUAAUGAGAACAAAAGGCGUGUCAACCGCCCUACGAUAACAUAACUGCUUGUUUGGUUGUUAUAAGAAAAACACAAUUUUUUCACUUGUACAGAAUAUGAGUCAGUUCAAUUUAAAUUAUGUGUUAUUGAAUGUAAAUUGUUUUAUUCUGAAAUGAAUCAUGCUUAUAAGUGAAUGAAAAUAAAGUAUGGGAAUUUUUGUUAUUUUUUACUUUAAAAUCCAUAUCCAAAAUAUAUCCAGGAAAAACAACUAAGAAACAAUAUUAUAUAGGUAAUUCAUAAAAUAAUUCAAAAUAUAUAGGUAAGUGUCUGUUCAAUUGUAAGUAUCUUCUUGAUAU